AUGGGCAAUCAGGCGGGGUGCGGCGGCAGCAAGCGGAGCUUUCUAUCGUGCUCGGUCUCGGAGAGGCGCGACUCCCGCGGCGCCGCGGCGGCCACCAGCUCCGCGCCCGUGUCGCUGCACGUGUACGACGUCGGCCCCACGAGGCUGAACGACGUGCUGCGGCCCCUUGGCACGGGCAUGUUCCACGUCGGCGUCGAGAUCUACCUCUUCGAGUGGGCCUUCUGCAGCGUCGGGGACCCCGUCACCGGCAGCGGCAUCUUCUGCGCCCCGCCGAGGGAGGCCUGCAACUACGACUACCGCGAGUCGGUGGACCUGGGCCACACGGCCAUGAACGCUGCGCAGGUGCGCGGCGUGCUCGACAAUCUCCACGCGCGGUGGCCGGCCCGCGGCUACGACACGCUCCGCCGCAACUGCUGCCAUUUCGCCAAUGAGCUGUGCCAGAUGCUCGGCGUCAGCCUCGAUGACAGCGCGCGCGUGCUGCUGAGGAUGAUCGAGAGGGGCGGGCCCGAUUUCUGCUGCGCGCCAGAGGAGGUGGAGCGGGACCACGAGGACCUGGGCUUGCCCCUGGUCGUCUCCGUGCCGACCCUCGCGCCCCCGGGCGCGCUCAAGGGG